AUGUCUGCCCGCAUCCACAACUACCUCUCCGACACGUGGAACCGUGACAAGGUCAUGGCGAUUGUACAGUUCCUCCCGAUGGCGUUGGAGGGACCCGUGCAGAAUGCCGGCUGUGGCUCGCUCGCCCAGUCGCUCGGUAACCUGUCGAAGAUGGCGGAUGCCUACCGUGCAGUCACCCGUCUUUCACUUCUUUUUAAUGCACUUGCGCCCGACACUCUGAAGAGUCUGUCGAAGCCAAAGGAGGACAACAUUGUGGCCCGUAUUGAUCAAAUCUCUCACGCGUUCCACAUUGGAUUCUGCUUUAACGAGCACACAGCCGUGCUGGCGGGUCGUGGCGUGCUGAGGAGUGAGCUGUCGCGCUUUGGCGGAAUUGCCGUGCUGUGCUGGCUGUACACUUUGGUGCUGGGCAUCAUCCGCCAGGCAUACCUGUUGGUGAAGCAUAACCCCAACUGCUGCUGUGCCAUUGCACCUGAGUCUCAGGAGAAGAAGAAGGUUGUUCCGUACACACACGAGGAGUGCAAGCGUGCUGUGGUGACCCUCGUGAAGCUGAGCUGCUUCACCAUCUUUGCAAUGACAUGCCUCCCUGAGGGCAAGCCGCAGCUGUUGCGCGAGGUGUGUGGCCCCUUGGUGCCCCUGCACAAGCUGAUCACGGCAAUGGUGCCAAACAAGCUGCAGCUGAGCGACAGCCUGCGUGGGCUGCUGGCGUUCACCGCGUCUGUGUGUGAUUUCUACUAA